AUGUCCUUCUCGCGCGGAUCGACGGUGGAGAUCAGGCGCUCGAUCCAGGCCCAGGCGGAGGCGAGGGAGGAGGGAGAGCGGUGGAGGGAGGGGCUGAGGGGGGAAGGGGAGGAGGAGGAGGAGGAGGAGGAGGAGGAGGAGGAGGAAGGAGGAGGAGGAGGAGGAGGAGGAGGAGGAGGAGGAGGAGGAGGAGGAGGAGGAGGAGGAGAGGAGGAGGAGGAGGAGGAGGAGGAGGAGGAGGAGGAGGAGGAGGAGGUAGUGGUGGUACUGAUGGGUGCAGAGGGGUUGGGUGCAGAGGGGGCUGCAUGCGGUUGCUUGUUGGAGGAGGAACGGGAGAAGGAUGCUGAGGAGGUGGAGGAGGAGGAGGUGGAGGAGGAGGAGGUGGAAGCCGAGGUGGGGAAAAGCGAGUGGGAGACGGAGCAAGGCGAGACGGCUCUAGGGGUGGACUCGAGGGAAAAUGACGGAGAGGGAGAAGACGGAUUGUGGGGGGGAUGGGGCUAG